AUGUGCCUGGAGGGUGGCUGUGGAGCCUGCGUUGUGUAUGUGGAACGACAGGAUCCCUUGAGCGGAGAUAAGGAAUCUAUUUCGGUCAAUUCCUGCCUACUGCUGGUGUUCGCCUGUCAUGGUGUGGAAAUUACAACGAUCGAAGGCAUUGGAAGCAGGAAAGUUGGGUAUCACCCACUGCAGAGGCAGCUGGCUCAGUACAAUGGGUCACAAUGUGGAAUGUGUUCUCCGGGGAUGGUGAUGACGAUGUAUGGUUUGAUGAAAUCGAAAAAAGGGAAAGUGAGUGCACAGCAAGUGGAGGAUUCAUUCGGCGGGAAUUUGUGUCGAUGUACCGGAUAUAGGCCGAUUUUGGAUGCGUUCAGAUCUUUUGCAACUAGUUCAGAGGAAGUUUGUGCAGAUAUUGAAGAUUUCGUGAAGAUAUGCCCGAAAAAGGGAACCGUAUGCAACAAGGAUUGUGGAAACCGCGAUGAUAAUAAGCAACGUAUCGAAAUUAUAUUCGAAGAUGGUAGAGAAUGGCAUAAAGUAUACUCCUUGCAAGAAGUGCUGAAUAUUCUUAAAAUAAUUGAAGACCGACCUUAUAUGCUUGUGUGUGGCAACACGUCCGAUGGAGUAUACAGAAGAAACGAAAAUAUUCAAGUGUUCAUAGACUGCAAUUCAGUGGCAGAGCUCCAUGCAGUUUCAAUAUCAGAUACUAUAUCAGUGGGGGCCAACAUCACUUUAACGAAAUUCCUUAAAGUAUUAGAAGAUGCUGCCACUGCCAAUCCCAAUUUUAGCUAUUGCAAGGAAAUGAUUGAACAUAUAAAAUUGGUAGCGCAUCCCUCGGUACGAAAUGUUGGGAGCAUAGCUGGUAACAUAAGUUUGAAGAACCAACAUCAUGAAUUCCCAUCCGAUAUCAGCCUCCUUCUGGAAGCAGUUGGUGCACAGCUAACUACAGUCAAUACGAACAACCAAACAUCUGAGGAAAGCGUAUCAGAUUUUAUUAUGUCAAAAGUCCAGAAGAAAGUCAUUCAGUCUGUUGGUCUACCAUCUAUGGACCCCAACGAGUACGUGUUCAAAACAUUCAAAAUAAUGUCACGUGCGCAGAAUUCUUUCGCCUACAUGAACGCCGCAUUUUUGUUACAGUUCGACGCUGCAAAAUCAAUUAUCAAAAAGGCACGAAUUUGUUAUGGUAACAUAAGCGCUUCAUUCGUUCGUGCCGAACAAACCGAACGCUUCCUGAUAGGUAAAACAUUAUUCGACAACACCUCUCUUCAAGCCGCUAUUGAAUCUCUGAAAGCUGAGCUGCAACCGGACUGGAUACUUCCUGAAUCAUCUGCCGAGUACAGAAAGAGCAUGGCUAUUGCCUUGUUUUACAAAUUUGUGCUUAGUAUUGCUCCUCUCGACAAGAUUAAACCCCAAUACAGAACAGGUGCCUCUGUUCUGAAUCGACCGAUGUCAUACGGAAAGCAUGAUGUUAAUACGAACGACAAGUAUUGGCCACUUACCAAGGAAAUUCCAAAAGUCGAAGCUCUGGCCCAGUGCUCAGGAGAAGCUGAGUACAUUAACGAUAUCCAUCCCUUUCCGAAUGAACUGUUUGCGGCAUUUGUAGUAGCUACCGAACCCCUUUCGAAGGUAGCAAAAAUUGAUCCAACUGAGGCACUUAAAUUGAAAGGAGUUGCCGGUUGCUUCACUGCUCAAGACAUUCCUGGAAAGAAUUCUUACACCCCUAAGGAAUUUGGUUUUCAUGAGGUUGAAGAAGUACUCUGCAGUGGGAAAGUGCUGUAUUACGGACAGCCUGUAGCAAUUGUGGUUGCUGAAUCUUUCAAUCUUGCCAAUAGAGCUGCCACGCUGGUUCAAGUGACGUAUGUGAAAUUACUGGAACAAGGCGUUAAACUUAGAUUAAAAACGAGUGAGGGUUCACCGAGUGACGAAACGUUUGAAAUGGUUGGUUCAAAAUACAAUUCUGUUGCCGUAGAAGAAUCCCGAAAAAUCGUAGGACGGAUGGAGUUGUUAGGACAAUCGCACUUUCCAUUGGAACACCAAACAUGCAUCUGCGUACCACAAGAAAACGGAAUGGAUGUUUUUCCUUCAACACAAUGGAUGGGUAUUACUCAACUUACAAUAGCUCAAAUGCUUAAUCUUCACCAGAGUCAAAUAAACAUUUUUGUAAAACGAGUGGGUGGUGCAUUUGGAAGUAAGGUUAGUCGACAGGGAUUAACGGCUUGUGGGGCAGCAUUGGCUGCCCAUCUGACCAAUCGCCCAGUUCGAUUUUGUUUAACGUUGGAAAAAAAUAUGGAGCUAAUUGGAAAACGCUACGGCUGCAUCAGUAACUACGAUGUCCAUGUCGACGACCAUGGAAGAGGCUCGGUGGUGGUGACUCACGGAGGAAUCGAAAUGGGGCAGGGUAUCAACACCAAGGUAACCCAAGUCAUCGCCUUCACUUUGGGAAUUCCCAUGGAUAUGACGUACUGCCGUAUUUCAUAUGGAGUCUAUGCAGCGCGGAGGUAG